AUGACAGAAUACAUUCAGCAGAAGAAAGAAUUAGUUAUAGGACUUUCAUACCACCGCAACGGUCUCUUCUGGUGCUACAAACACAAGAACUGGACUCCUAACAAAUGUUCUCAGUACGACCUGUGUCAGAUGUUCUUCGAUAAGAUCUACUCCAAGUACCUGCUGAAGAAACCUGUCAAGGCCCCUCGUGCUGGUCGUCACGGCUGUCGUAUUCGGCACCAGCAUCUGGGGCGUCACGCUGGGCAGGCAGGUGGCGUGUGGUUUCCGCAGUCGUCCUACCUGUUCCAGUUCCUCUCUCGGGCCCAGACUUUCUACCCAGAAGCAGGCGAGCGCGGCACCGUGUAUCUGGGCGCCCUGAACUACUCCCAAGAACUGCCGAAGAUUGGCUACCUGACGCAGGCCAUGAGGGAGAACGAGUACAUUUCCUUCGUGGAUUCUUGGUAUGAUCUCAUGAUUGACUAUACCAACAAGAGCACCGGUGAAGACAUCACAGGACAGUCACUGAACGGAUUGCUUCCUUAUCAACAGGGCCAUGUCCAGAAAUUCCUGUAUGCCACCAUCCCUAGGCUCUCGCUUCAGCUAUCCCUGGGAGGAGCAUCUAUUUUCAUUUCGACGGUGCCGAGAACCUCUGCCAGCAAAUUCGACUACAGCCACAGAUCCCUUGACGGGCCAUCUGAGCAGAUUCCGGCGAUGGACCAGACGAAGGACUUGGUCAAGAGCGCGAAUUUCUCAGAUUUCGCAGCCCCAAUCGCCAUGAUGUACAGCAGUUGGGAGACGGAUAAAAUCAUCGCAUUUGAACUUGUCCGAAACCUUUCUCUGGCGCUGGUGGCCGUGUUCGUCAUGACGCUCAUCCUCAUAGCCAACAUAGUGUCUUCAAUCUAUGUUCUCUUGUGUGUUUUGCUUACCCUCGUCGAUGUCAUGGCCCUGAUGACCUGGUGGACCUGACUAUUGACACCGUGUCUUGCAUCAACCUGGUUCUCUGCAUUGGCCUCUGUGUUGACUACUCGGUGCACAUAGCACUGCACUUCAU